AUGGAGAGAGUCUUUGAGGUACUUCGAUGUACUGAUGAAGAUAAGAUCAAGUGUGCUACCUUCCAAUUUAGAGGCGAGGCUGAUUCUUGGUGGCAGUCCACUGAAGAUAACAUCAGGCAACUGUAUCCCAACCCUACAUGGGGUCAGUUCACGAAGACCUUCCUAGGAAACUACUUUCCUCAAAGCUUUUGUGAUCAGAAGGAGAUUGAGUUCAUGAGCCUGACCCAGGGACCCAAGUCAGUCCUUGAGUACCAACAGAUUUUUGAAGAGCUCUUCUAUUUUGCUCCCAAGCAUAUGAAGCCUGAUGCAGUCAAGGCCAGGAAAUUUGAGAAGGUGCUGAGACCUAGCAUUAACACAUUUGUGGUGUUGCACAAUUUCCCCACUUAUACAGAAGUGGUCCAGGCUGCCAAAGUGAUUGAGGACAAACAGUGA